AUGGGGUCGCAAGCUCUGCGCACCGGAUUUGACCUAGAAGAGGAGGAGCGCUUCUUCAUCAGCGGCGUAGAGAAGGCUGGGCGCUCGCGAAAUACAUACGAGCACCAGCUGAGGGAACGAAAGGUUUUUGUCGGCGUGCUAAUCGCGAUUGGCUCCCUCGGCCUAGUGGCGCUCAUUAUCGGCCUCGCAUGGGGCUUAAGCCGCCGGAAGCUAGACUAUGUUUGUCCACGCAGCUACGACCCCAGCAAGACAGACCUGGUCUUCUACGUCAUCGGCGAUUGGGGCAGGUCUGGGAACGACAACCAGCAAAAAGCUGCUCGGCUCAUGUCCGACGUCUCCGACGUCUCCCAGUGCAUGCCGCCCAAAUUCAUCAUCAGGGGACAUCUGGGGACAACUUUUACCCCCAUGGGGUCGCAAGCUCUGCGCACCGGAUUUGACCUAGAAGAGGAGGAGCGCUUCUUCAUCAGCGGCGUAGAGAAGGCUGGGCGCUCGCGAAAUACAUACGAGCACCAGCUGAGGGAACGAAAGGUUUUUGUCGGCGUGCUAAUCGCGAUUGGCUCCCUCGGCCUAGUGGCGCUCAUUAUCGGCCUCGCAUGGGGCUUAAGCCGCCGGAAGCUAGACUAUGUUUGUCCACGCAGCUACGACCCCAGCAAGACAGACCUGGUCUUCUACGUCAUCGGCGAUUGGGGCAGGUCUGGGAACGACAACCAGCAAAAAGCUGCUCGGCUCAUGUCCGACGUCUCCCAGUGCAUGCCGCCCAAAUUCAUCAUCAGCACUGGGGACAACUUUUACCCCCGUAAGGCGGUCAGGGCUGGGAGGGCAUUGGAGGCAGCGACUGAAUGGCACGACUGA